GUGUGUGUGUGUGUGUGUGUGCGCGCGCGGCGUGGGCGAUUUCUGGGGAGGCGGGGGAGGCCCUGCCCGGGAGGUUGGAAUUCAGGACUGAAGGCGGACGCACCUCUUUAGCGUACCCUCGAAGCGUUUUGGAGACUGUCGUUCCACUCCUGAGAGCGACAUUUGGGCGGACUGGGCUGAGAGGGAGGCUCAGGAAGAAGAGGAACCCAGGCCCGGGAAACCCAUUAGUAAGAAAAAGAAACCAAGAAUACUGUUUUGGUAUCUGGAAUUGAAUUUGCCAGGAAUGCAAGCACAGUUUCCUCAGUAAAGAUCUUGCCUUUGGAAGCGUCUUACCCCUUGGCAGUUUUCCACAGUUCAAACUUGGCAGCAUCAAGGACACAACACAAGAGGGCAUUUUGGAGAUCAAAGAUGGGUAGAAAAGAUGCCUCCACUAUAAAACUUCCUGUUGAUCAGUACAGAAAGCAAAUUGGUAAACAGGAUUAUAAAAAAACCAAACCUAUUUUACGAGCAACCAAAUUAAAAGCAGAAGCAAAGAAAACAGCAAUAGGCAUAAAGGAAGUUGGCCUUGUACUUGCAGCUAUAUUGGCCCUCCUACUGGCUUUCUAUGCUUUCUUUUAUCUCAGACUCUCCUCAGAUGUUGACCCAGAUCUGGAGCCAGAUGAAGAUUAGCUGAGCAGCAGUCAAUGCAUGAUACGGAAAUGAUUUUAUAAAAGCACCUCUCGGGACCAAUACUUUCUGAAGUACUGAAAGUACAACAUCUUGAAUUCUUUCUGCUGGUAUUUUCAGUUUACAGAAAUAUCUUUUUAAAUAGUUCUAUAGAAUAUCAAGAAAAGAACCUUACCUAGCAAUGUAAUAUAAUGUAUCUACUGAAUACUUUUAUAAAUCUUCCUGCUUUGACAGGCAACCUAUUCCUGGUGCAUUUACAUUAAAUGGAAAUCAGAUCCUGAAUUCUUUGGAUGUUUUAGCUAAUUUAUGUGUAGAACUCCAUUGCUUACAGAUUACUAAAUCAAUUUUUGUUCCAUAUGUAUCAGUAGUAAAAGUAUAUGCCUUUAUUUACAGAAUCAUACUCAAAUCACAUUCAGAGCCUAAGAAAGAACAAAAAGUCAUAGGAAAUUUUUCAUUUUACAGGGAAGUCCUGCUCUCUUUCCAGACGUAUUUUAUAUCAUUAGAGAAACUAUCUUCACAUAUAUCUACAGUAAUCUUUUUCCUUUGCCAACUGUUCAGUGCACAUGUGCACCAUCAGAAAUGGCACCUGGAUGACAGAAGCUCAAAGAGUCACAUAUGUCUCUAAACUAGAGUUCCUUUUCUCUUGGGCUGUCUAAACUGAAUAGAAAGUUUAGUUGAUCUUGAUUUUAAUUAACUUAUUGCUCUAUUAAUAUAAACUUGGAAAUCCAUUUUAAUUAUGUUGUUCUGGCUGCUUAUAGUAUCAGUUUGCUCCUCUUGUUAGGGAGAUAUGUAACAAAUUGUUGUUUAAUUGUGCAGUCUUUUUCACACAAGAGUAAUAGCAGAAGUCCUACCUACCAAGUAAUUUUUGUGGGUUGUUUCUUAAAGACGAACGAUACAAAGUUGUUUUGCAAAAUUACAUUUUGUUUCUUGAGAGAUAAUGUAUUAGAAUUCUUUCAUUAAAAAUAAAUAGAAGAAAA